CAUGCUGCCUUGUUAUUCUCUUCUUUCUCCGCAACAAAAAAAAAAUCUUUUUUUCACUCGUCGAUGAAAAUUUACGAUGCCGGAGCGAUCUACAUUCCGGUCAUUGCUGCCCUUUUUAUUUCUCUGUCACCGUCUUCCGGUUAUGCCAAACCUUUCUCCUCACCAGACUUCAACUUGCCACCUCCAAUAACAAUAGCUGUAAUUUUCCUCGUUUCGUUCUUCUUCGGUUUCUUAACAUUAUACUUUUGUAGAUGUAUGGUGGAAAUUCUUCUACGCCUAUGGCAUAAUCGGCAUAGCCCUUCACCUCCUGUCAAUAUUGCUUCCACGGCAGGUGAAAUCAUGAAUAACGGCCUUGAUCCUGAACUAAUACAGACUUUUCCAACAUUCUAUUAUUCCACUGUCAAAGAGUUCCGAAGCGAAAAGUAUGGCCUAGAAUGUGCGAUUUGUUUGGAAGAGUUCAACGACGACGAUAUGCUUCGACUUUUGACGAUUUGUUGUCAUGUUUUCCAUAAAGGGUGUGUUGAUCUUUGGCUAGAAUCACACAAAACUUGUCCAGUUUGUCGUGGGGAAUUAGAUGUGCCAAGGAAAUCAUUCGAGAAAUCCCCUCUAUUUGUUCGUAGCAAUUCCAUGCGUGAAAUGGUAACAAAUCAAAGUUCAGUAGAAGAUUCCGUUUGUAUCAACAUUAAAGAUGAUAACGACAACAAAGUCGACAGAACAGAAGACGAACCAGAAGCCGCUUCAAGUACAAGUGAAGAACAAUUUAGGAGACGUGAAAGGAUGGAAAAAUUUUCAAGGUCACAUUCCACGGGGCAUUCCAUAGGUAGGAAUAGAGAAGAUGAUAGAUACACUCUUCGAUUACCUGACGAAGUCAAAAUAAAACUUGCUAGUGGACACCACGCUGUAAAAAGUUGUAUUGUCUUUGGUGAAUUCACGAACCCGUUGAACGACAGGAACAGCGGUUCCAGUGAAGCAUCGGAGACUCGCCGAGGAGAUCAACUUGGAUAAAAGAA